AAUACAGGAUUUCCUUUGGUACAGUCAUAGCUCCCGUCUUCAAACACCACCAGCACUUCUACCCAAUUCCUCAAGACGGUUUUAGAACUCGUGAUCCUGUAAAGAAAUCUGGAUCGUGGUGGAAACGGUGCUUCUGUAAAGCUCAAAAGAUGCAUCUGCUCAAAAGAUACCCAAAAGACGCUAGCUUUUCUUCCUGUGGUUGCUACCGUGUCAAAGAAUGAAUGGAAACUGCAGUGAGGUAUCUUCUGAUCAGCUUGUAUGGCCACUGACCUGAUCAAGAUGUUGAACAACCAUUCAUUAGAAAAUUGUCCUGAUCCUCCAAUGCAUUUCCAGGCCUCUUUGUAUGCAAUCAUCUACAUCAUCAUCUUCGUUCCGGGUCUCCUGGGAAACAGCAUCGCCCUUUGGGUUUUGUGCCACUUCAUCAAGAAGAAGAGCAAAGCGGUAGUUUUCAUGAUGAAUUUGGCUGUAGCUGACCUGACCCACGUCGUCUCUUUGCCCUUACGGAUGUAUUACUACAUCAACCACAGCUGGCCUUUUGGGGGCUUCCUUUGCCAGCUCUGCUUCUACCUGAAAUACCUCAACAUGUAUGCCAGUAUCUGCUUUCUCACCUGCAUCAGCAUCCAAAGGUACUUCUUCCUACUUCACCCUUUCAAAGCCAAGGACUGGAAGUGCAGGUAUGAUGUGGCCAUAAGUGCUGCCAUAUGGACUGUGGUUGGGGCUGCUUGCUUACCUCUCCCAAUCCUGAGGAGUCCUCGCUUAUCAAACAAUACCAACAUCUGCUUUGCUGAUCUCGAAGUUCAGCGGUUGUCUAUGGGAGCCUCAAUCACUCUGGUGAUUGUAGCUGAAUUCUGCGCAUUUGUGGCCCCUGUUGUGAUAGUCAUUUACUGCACUUGGAAAAUGAGGCAAUCCCUGCAGGAGCCCCACAGUCCCUUGCAACACACCAAUGAGAAGCAGAAAGCUUGGCACAUGAUCUUAGGGUGCGCAGCUGUGUUUUUCAUAUGUUUCACACCAUAUCAUGUGAACUUCCCUAUAUUUAUGAUGGUGAAACAAAAUAUGGUCACAGACUGUUCCGUACGGCGUAGAGCUUUAUAUUUCCAUCCCAUUUCUUUGUGCCUCGCAAGCCUCAAUUGUUGUCUUGAUCCAAUUCUCUACUACUUCAUGACAUCAGAGUUCCGGGAAAGGUUCAAGUGCAGCAGUGCUUCCCCCUUGAGCUGCCUUAACAGUCUUGCCAGCAGCAGCAGAAGAAGAAGAACCUCUGAAGUUGAGCUGAAAAGCAAGGCGGAUAAGAAAAAUAAAAAUGUCUUAAUGGCAUACUUUUGGACUCUUAGGCCACACGAUGGCAUGGAAUCUCCUCUCUCUUGUUAGCUAAGGGAUGGAUCACACAUGAGUUGUAUACUUCACUUGCUUCUCUUAGGGACUCAGCACUUGACACUCAGCUGAAUGUGUGAACAGGCAACACUGAAAAAGUAUUGCAUAUGAGUUGUUGCUGAGUGACAUGAAAGUUCGGUCUCUGAUAAUUAAUCACUGAUGGCUUGAGAGCAGUCAUAUGAUAUAAAUAUUAACCAGUCAUUUUUAGAACCUGCCAGAAUUGGGACCAAGAAUCUGUGUGCUGCUGCCACUGGGGUUAUAAAUUGCAGCAUACUUGAGGCAGUGAAGUGUUCUGCAUUAACUCCACCCACCUAGGGCGGCAAUUGGUUUCCCCAACCUCAAAGAGUAGGUUAUUAUUAUUAUUAUUAUUAUUAUUAUUAUUAUUAUUAUUAUUAUUAUUAUUAUUGCCCUGCCCAUCUGGCAGCAAUCUAUUAAACAUUAAAAGCCUCCCUAAACAGGGCUGCCUGUUAGAGACAUAAUAACAUAAUAAGAGCCCUGCUGGAUUAGGCCAAUGGCCCAUCUAUUCUGGGAUCCUCACAGUGGCCAACCAGAUGCCUGUGGGAACGCACAAGCAGGACCCAAGCACAAGAGCACUCUCAACCCACCCAUCAUGAUUUCCAGCAACCAGUAUUUAGAAGCAUUAUUGCUUCCAGGUCAGGAUGAGACUUUGCCGAGGGCAUGAGAUAGAUGGUGUCCACAAACAAAACAGCAGCUGCCUUUUUCCCCUCUCCAGAAUGAUGUGCUGUCUGGAGAAGGAUGGGGAAAUAAAAGAGCCACUGCCAAGAAACCUCCCUCGCAAUGAAGGAGGAAUGCAAAUUGAAGAUGGAGGGGGAAUCUGUUUUAUACAUGGAAUUUGGUGCUGCUGACCUGACUGAGAUUUCCUCACACUGCCUCUGGCAUACAGUGCUCAUAUAUGUCAGAACUGUUUGUGCAAUGUGAGAUUAUUAUUUUUAAUUCAUACUAAAUACAUGCAAAAUUAUGUGCAAAGUUUGCAUAUAUUGUACAUGUAAUAUAUAUGAAAGAGACAAGCUCCAUGCAAUACAUAGGUAUUUUAUACAGUUAUAUGCAUUGUUGUAUCUAUUUGUUUCGUGUACUAAUUCAGGGCAACCCAACUUUUCAUCCCAAGAGUACUUCAGCGCAGAGGUGUGGGCCACAUACUGCCUUGUUGCAUGGUGCAGGGGAGUGAGGUCAAAAUUUAAUGCCCCCCAA